AUGAUGGCAAUAAUCAAGGAGGAAACGGAUGUUUAUAUACCUGUACUAUUAUAGAUUAAUAUCAACGUGAAAUUAGAAUUGACUUAUUAAGUUAAUGCACUUACAUCGUAGCUCCUGAUUUCAAUUUGGUCAUCCUUUCGGAUAAUAUGAACUCAAAAUAAAUUAUUGAACUCUCCUUCUCUAUAUAAGUUCAACUAAUAACUUAUAAUCCAUUUUAAGAUUUAGCUUUAUUCAAUUUUGUGUCUCAUACUAAAGUUGAUUUCAUCAUCAAUUCGAUCUAGAAUUUAACUACCAAUCUAAAUUAUCCAAGCCUUUAUUGAACUUGUUUAAUGCCCAUCUUUUGAAAUUUAAUUAGCUAAAUAUAUCAUCCUAAAAGAAUUAUAUUUAGAUUUAUAAAAUACACCAUAUGAAUUAAUCUGGGAAACCCGAUUUGUAUCAUCUGAAAAUACAUAGGCUAAACUGAAAUCUAUUGUUAAGAUGAAUAAUGUUACUAUAUACUCUAUGAUAGGCAUUCCAAGCUUAGCUAUUAUUACUGGAAAUACGGUAAUGUUGUUAAUCUCAUAGUUUUUUUUAUAAUCAUUAUUGGCAAAUUAAGGCGCAUAUAGAGAGAAUAUCGUGAAGAUUUUAUUCUAGCUAUAGUAAACAAAUAUCUUUCAAUAAGUUGUUGUAUAAAUCUAAGUUAUUUUUUCAUACAAUUUCUCUUUAACAAAUAUAGUUUAACUCAACACUAAGAUUAGUAUCCACCUCUUUUAAUAGAAUUUUAGAAUACAUAUACUAAAAUUCACUACAACCCAUAUUAGAUCACUUCAAAUUAAAUGAAUUAUUCAUGAAAUUAUAUUGA